AGCGCGGGGUACCGCGGGAAGCUGACCACAAGUUCCGAGUAUAACGCAAGGCUCCAGUACCCCACCACGACUGUAUCCCAGCUAUGGCAGAGCACGUUCCCAUCAUCCAUCUCGCACCCUAUUACAGUGCUGGAUCGCAGUCCCCAGAAGCCCAGCGCGUGGUCCGAGCUGUGCACGCCGCAGCCUCAACAUGGGGCUUCUUUAUCAUCACAGGUACCAAGGUCUCUUCCCAAACCCAGUCCUCUCUUCUCUCCAGCUCGCAGUUCUUUUUUGACCUUCCUCUUGACGUCAAGGAAGCCCUCCACGUGCGCAAUGGGGGCGCCGCCUGGCGUGGUUACAUGCCGCUUGGUGGUGAGCAGACCCACGGCCACGUUGACUGGAAGGAGGGUCUGUACGCCGGCCCCGAACACGCUGAUAACCACCCGCUCGCUGGACUUCCACUGCACGGCAAAAAUCAAUUCCCCGACCAGAUUCUCCCCGACCUACGGAACCAAGUGCUGGGGUACGUCGAUGAAGUGACCGAGCUUGGAAAAACGCUUACGGACGUGUUCUCGCUGGGCUUGGGCUUGGGUUCCAGCGAGCUCCAUAAGCGUUUCCUGAAACCAGAGCCAGUGGUGCUCUUUCGGUGCUUUAAGUACAUGCCCACCGAUGACAAUGCUUUCGACAAGGCGAAAGGAAACCGUGAAGAGAGCUUUGGCAUAGGCGAGCAUACGGACUUUGGAUAUCUUACGAUUCUCAAGGUUGAUUCUCCCGGCCUGCAGAUUCUCUCCCCGUCUGACAGCUGGGUGGAUGUUCCUUUCAUGCAAGACUCCUUCGUAGUAAACAUCGGCGACAUGUUCGACCAGCUCACGCAUGGCCGCUACCGAUCCCGUCCCCACCGCGUUCGUCGGCCCGCGCCGUGCACUCCACCUCGGUUCUCGUUCCCUCUGUUCUUUGACUUUGCCUGGAAUGCUGAGAUGAAGCGCUUGCCACUAGAACACCUUCCGCCGUUGUCUGAAGAGGAGAAGCGACUGGCCGAGCUGCGAUGGUCCGCCACAACAUUUCGCGAGGUUAAUGGGAGUUGGUCACAGUACCUGGCACGUAAGGUCCAGAAGGUGUUUCCGGAUUUAUGUCUUCCAGACUUUGAAGCAAAUUCUGGACCUUCGACUAGAUUCACAGUGGUGGUGGAAUGUGGUUGACCGAGGUCAAAGAGAGUGUACCACAGUGAGGUGUUCGUUGUGUAGAGAUAGACCGAUCUUCUUUCCCCCCCGCACCCACAUACCACCGAUGCGUUGUACUAGUUGCCCUGCAAGCGGAAUCGAUAGCACCCUCUUACAGAUAAUUGUUGGAAAUCAACGAAUGGACAACAGCGGAGCCCUAGCCAUGGCGUAAUAAUGACAGCCUCGAGUCGGCUGCGACUUAUAUAAGGUUUACGGGCGCGAGCUAGUCUUGUCCUAGGUAUACUGUACGAUCAAGCCUUCAAAGCUUCCUCGGGUGGUGCAGAUUUUCAACAACUUCUGGACGUGUG